CGUCAGUAUGAAAAAUGCAAACUUGAAGCAAUUAGUUUUUCGAUAAGGCUGUUUGAAGAAUUUUAUUUUGGAUCGAAUCACUACAAAGCGGCUUGUAUCGCUGUUCUUCUGGAGUAAAAAAAAUCUUAAAAAACUUGUCAGCUUCCAUCUGCCUAUGAUUUUGAGGCGUUUUAUUCGGGUUGCCCAGUCUGUUGUACCUAGAUCAGGAUUACUGCAAACUGAGACCUGCCUUUGUUCUACCAUGUCAAAAAAACCUGGCGUCAGUGCAAAAGAUGUUGUACAUGAUUCAGAAAACAACGAGUUUUAUAUUCAGCUUAAUGAAGGGGGCAUAGAAGGAAAGGCAUAUCUGCAGUACAGUUUCAUCAAGCCUGAUUAUGUAGAUCUGCAACACACAGUGGUCCCAGCAGAGUUCCAAAACAGGGGAAUUGCUAAGGUUCUAGCUCAGACGGUGUUUGACCAUUUUGUAUCCAAGGGCAUGUCCAUAAGACCUACCUGCAGUUACCUUCAGAAGUUUUACAACGAUAAUCCACUACCCGAGUAUCAGGCCAAAGUGAGACUAUGAUUGGCCGAGUGGUUUACAUUUAUCAAAUAACGACUAUCGUACCAACAUGAAAGGAUUUUGCUUAUGAGGAUUAAUUGUAUUGAAAAUUGAUAUCCUCGCACUGCAGGCAAUAUAAACUUGACAUGACACCACCUGUAUAUUCCUCUUGAUAUAUGUAGCAGAAUUACACUACGAUCAUGUGGAUGUAUUUGAAUACAAUAUAAAGUGCUCAUAAUUUUGUCAGUAACUGACAACUGCUGUGCUAAUCACAGAGGGAAAAUUGCCUUAGAAAUAAUUUUAAUACACAAUUUUUAGGACUUGGUUGAAAAAAUAUUCGAAAACCCUAAGCACUUUAUGUAUGCUAUCAUAGAUCAUGAGUAUCGGGUUGAUAAUUCAAGCUUUAGCUGGUGUAGACUGUAUUGGACUUGCCAGUAUGAUGAAAUUGUGUCUUAUGCCAUGUGUGUCCAGAGUAGUUCUAGAACAGACUCGGCCAUUGCACAUUAUAGUCAGGGGCUAACCUGUAAGUUAUUAAGUCACACAUAGUUACAUGGUCUCAUUAGGGGACAGGGUAGGUCCUGAUCAGACUGCGCAGGCUGGUCUGGAGCUAGGCGGGGCACAUAUGGCAAAAUUCAGUUAUACUUAAAUUUAUUUCUUCAUUUUUAGCUCGGCUGUUUUCGGAGAAAACCCUAGGUAUUGUCAUAGCCAGUUCGCCGUCAGCCGUAGGCGUCGUGCUAAAACCUUAACAUUGGCUCUAAAAUCAGAGUGCUUCCACCUACAACUUUGAAACUUCAUAUGUAGAUGCACCUUGAUGAGUUUUACACGCCACACCCAUUUUUGGGUCACUAGGUCAAAGGUCACUGUGACCUCUAAUAUAAAACUUUAACAUAGGCUCUAAAGUCAAAGUGCUUACACCUACAACUUUGAAACUUCAUAUGUACAUGCACCUUGAUGAGUUCUACACGCCGCACCCAUUUUUGGGUCACUAGGUCAAAGGUCAAGGUCUCUGUGACCUCUAAAAAAAAAAAUCUGACAAGCUUUCGCAGCCAAGCGUGGCACCCGUUAUGGGGUGCUCUUGUAAUUCCUUUAAUGUAUAACUUCUUUUUUUAUUGAUAAAAUUGUUUAUUGUAGCAUUAAAUUGUCUUGUUAUUUGUUAUAUAUUCAUAUUUAACAACUACAAAACCACUUUUCAGUUGGUUGA